CGUCGGCGGCGCUGCGGCCGCGGAGACCGGAGCCGGAUGUGCCAAGAUGGCCGCGGCGGCUGAGGUGUCUGCGCUCGUCGUCAGCGCCGGGUGGGCUUUCGCCCGCGGCUCCUGAGGGAUCGAUCGGUCUCAGCCGCGCGGCUCCAAUUAAGGAAAAGCUGUAUCCUGCUUCCUUCUGUAAGCAGCACUGACUUGUACAAGAGUUCAGUCAUGCAGCCGCCGCCCCAGGCGGUCCCGUCUGGCGUGGCUGGGCCACCUCCAGCCGGGAGUCCUCGGAGCGUGUUCUGGGCUAGCAGCCCUUACAGGAGACGGGCUAAUAAUAAUGUAGCAGUGGCUCCGACGACUUGCCCAUUACAGCCGGUCACGGAUCCAUUUGCUUUUAGUAGACAGGUGCUCCAAAGUACACCAGCAGGCAGUUCGUCCAAAAGCAGUCCACCUGGCUUGCAAGGCCCAGCCCCCGCAGGGUUUUCUCAGCACCCUGGUUUGCUCGUGCCUCACACACAUGCCAGAGAUAGCUCUCAGGGACCCUGUGAGCCCCUGCCUGGACCUCUGACACAGCCCAGAGCAGAUGCCAGUCCGUUUUCUGGUGCGUUGACACCUUCAGCACCUCCUGGGCCUGAGAUGAACAGGAGUGCAGAGGUCGGUCCCAGUUCAGAGCCUGAAGUUCAGACUCUGCCAUAUCUGCCUCACUACAUUCCAGGAGUGGAUCCUGAAACGUCUCAUGGGGGCCAUCCUCAUGGGAACAUGCCUGGGCUCGACCGACCCCUGAGCAGGCAAAACCCGCAUGACGGUGUGGUCACCCCAGCAGCAUCCCCUUCCCUCCCUCAGCCUCGUCUGCAGAUGCCCGGACAGUGGGGGCCAGUGCAGGGAGGCCCACAGCCCUCGGGGCAACAUCAUUCACCCUGCCCUGAAGGACCUGUUCCCAGCGGGGUGCCCUGUGCCACCAGCGUUCCUCAUUUCCCCACCCCGUCCAUCCUACAUCAGGGCCCUGGUCACGAGCAACACAGCCCUCUGGUGGCUCCCCCAGCAGCCUUGCCCAGUGACAGAAGAGACGAGGUGGGCCACUUGCAAAGUGGAAGCCACCUGGCCAAUAACUUUGAUCCUGAAAAUACAUUCAGGCAAAAUCCCAGAAUCGUGAAUCACUGGGCAAGCCCAGAGCUCAGGCAGAAUCCAGGAGUGAAGAAGGAGCACCGGCCCACCUCUGCUCUUGUGAACCCCCUCGCCCAGGGAGAUAGCCCAGAAAACCGUACGCACCACCCGCUGGGGGCCGGGGCCGGGGCUGGCUGUGCCCCGCUGGAAGCAGACUCGGGAGCCUCAGGAGCUCUGGCGAUGUUUUUCCAAGGGGGAGAGACAGAAAAUGAGGAGAAUCUCUCAUCUGAAAAAGCGGGCUUAUCUGGUCAAGCCGACUUUGAUGAUUUCUGCUCCAGCCCUGGGCUAGGCCGUCCGCCCGCACCUGCACACAUGGGGGCAGGUAGCCUCUGCCAGGCCCUUCUCCCAGGCCCCAGCAAUGAGGCUGCUGGUGAUGUGUGGGGUGACGCAGCGAGCACAGGGGUGCCGGAUGCCAGCGGCUCGCAGUAUGAGAAUGUUGAGAACUUAGAAUUUGUUCAGAAUCAAGAAGUUCUGCCAAGUGAGCCCCUCAAUUUGGACCCUUCCUCCCCGAGUGACCAGUUCAGAUAUGGGCCCCUUCCUGGGCCAGCUGUGCCCAGGCAUGGUGCUGUGUGCCACGCCGGAGCCCCUGAUGCCACACUGCACACAGUGCACCCUGACAGCAUGUCAUCCAGCUAUAGCAGCAGAAGCCACGGAAGGCUCUCAGGCUCAGCCAGGCCCCAGGAGCUGGUUGGCACAUUCAUUCAGCAAGAAGUUGGAAAACCUGAGGAUGAAGCUUCAGGUAGUUUUUUUAAGCAAAUCGAUUCUUCUCCUGUAGGAGGUGAAACAGACGAGACCACUGUGAGCCAGAAUUACCGUGGCAGCGUGUCCCAGCCCUCAACCCCGAGCCCCCCGAAACCUACAGGAAUAUUUCAGACAAGUGCAAAUAGUUCUUUUGAACCGGUAAAAUCCCACUUAGUUGGGGUAAAACCAUUUGAGGCAGAUCGCGCCAACGUGGUUGGUGAAGUAAGGGAGACCUGUGCCCGCCAGAAGCAGUGCAGACCGGCUGCCACCCUGCCCGAUGCUUCCCCUGGCAACCUGGAGCAGCCGCCAGACAACAUGGAGACCCUCUGUGCACCCCAGGUGUGUCCCCUGCCUCUUAACUCCACCACGGAAGCUGCGCACGUGCUUCCGCACGCAGGGGCGCCGCCCUUGGAUACUGUGUAUCCAGCACCCGAGAAGAGGCCGUCAGCGAGGGCCCAGGGGCCCGUGAAGUGUGAGAGCCCAGCAACGACUCUGUGGGCGCAAAGUGAGCUGCCAGAUUUUGGAGGCAACGUCCUUCUGGCCCCUGCAGCCCCGGCGCUUUAUGUGUCUGCAAAACCUCAGCCACCUGAAGUUGUUCAGCCUCCAGAAGAGGCGAUGUCCGGGCAGCAGUCACGGACGCCAAGCUCGGCGGCCCCUGUGCAGAGCCGAGGUGGCAUUGGUGCUUCUGAGAACCUUGAGAAUCCUCCCAAAAUGGGAGAGGAGGAGGCCCUUCAGUCCCAGGCGAGUUCUGGUUAUGCAAGUUUAUUAUCCUCACCGCCCACUGAGUCUCUGCAGAAUCCGCCAGUCUUGAUUGCCCAGCCUGAUCACAGCUAUAAUCUGGCUCAGCCCAUUAACUUUCCUGUGUCCUUAUCGAACUCUAAUGAGAAGAAUCAGUCCUGGAGAGAGGCUUUGGUGGGGGAUAGACCUGCAGUCAGCAGUUGGGCUCUCGGUGGUGAUUCUGGAGAGAACACUUCUUUGUCCGGGAUUCCAACCAGCUCUGUCCUUAGCUUGUCUCUGUCUAGCAGUGUUGCCCAAAGUAAUUUUCCACAAGGUUCUGGUGCUUCCGAAAUGGUUUCUAAUCAGCCUGCUAAUUUGCUGGUUCAACCACCAUCCCAGCCAGUUCCAGAGAACUUGGUUCCAGAAAGUCAAAAGGAUCGUAAGGCAGGAAGUGCUCUUCCCGGAUUUGCUAAUAGCCCUGCUGGAAGCACAAGUGUGGUGUUAGUUCCCCCUGCACACGGCACCCUGGUGCCUGAUGGUAAUAAGGCAAACCAUUCCAGUCAUCAGGAAGACACUUACGGAGCCCUAGACUUUACCUUAAGCAGGACUUUGGAAAAUCCUGGAAGCGUGUACAGCCUGUCCCAGUCUGACAGCCUCGCUUCUCAGCAAACUGUUGCCAGUCAUCCCAGACAAUCUGGGCCUGGGGCGCCUAACCUUGACUGUUUUUAUCAGCAGGUCACGAAAGACGCCCAGGGCCAGCCUGGCCUCGAAAGAGCCCAGCAGGGGCUGGUGCUACCCCAGCAACAGGCUUCUCCCCCACAACUACCCAAAGCCACGUUUUCAGAGCCGUCAAAUCCAGAAAGUCUGCCAGCACAGGGACAGGCCCAGAACUCAGCACAGCCACCAGCAAGUCUGGUUCCUGUCGACGCGGGUCAGCAGCUGCCGCCUCGGCCUCCUCAGUCUUCUAGCGUGUCGCUGGUGUCCACUGGCUCCGGCCAGGCAGCUGUGCCGUCAGAGCAGCCGUGGCCACAGCCAGUGCCUGCACUUGCCCCUGGCCCGCCGCCUCAGGACCUGGCCGCCUACUACUACUACCGGUCUCUGUACGAUGCCUACCAGCCUCAGUACCCCUCGCCGUACCCACCGGAGCCUGGCGCAGCCUCCCUCUAUUACCAGGAUGUCUACGGCCUCUACGAGCCUCGAUACAGGCCCUAUGACAGUGCUGCGUCUGCUUACGCCGAGAACUACCGCUACCCCGAGCCCGAGCGGCCCAGCUCCCGAGCAAGCCACUCCUCGGAACGGCCACCUCCCAGGCAAGGGUAUCCUGAAGGAUACUAUAGUUCCGAAAGUGGAUGGAGCAGUCAGAGCGAUUACUAUGCAAGUUAUUACUCCAGCCAGUAUGAUUAUGGAGAUCCAGGUCACUGGGAUCGUUACCACUACAGUGCUAGAGUCAGGGACCCCCGCACCUAUGACCGGAGGUAUUGGUGUGAUACAGAGUAUGACGCGUACAGGAGAGAGCACUCUGCCUACAGGGACAGGCCCGAGAAACGUGACAACAACUGGAGGUACGAUCCUCGCUUCACGGGGAGUUUUGACGAUGACCCCGAUCCGCACAGAGACCCUUAUGGGGAAGAGGUGGACCGGCGCAGCGUCCACAGCGAGCACUCGGCACGGAGCCUGCACAGCGCACACAGCCUGGCCAGCCGCCGCAGCAGCCUCAGCUCCCACUCACACCAGAGUCAGAUUUACAGAAGCCACAAUGUGGCUGCCGGUUCCUACGAGGCCCCGCUUCCUCCAGGCUCCUUUCACGGCGAUUUCGCCUACGGCACCUACCGCAGCAAUUUCAGCAGUGGCCCCGGCUUCCCAGAGUAUGGCUACCCUGCAGACACUGUCUGGCCUGCCAUGGAGCAAGUUUCAUCAAGACCAACUUCUCCUGAAAAAUUUUCAGUGCCUCAUGUCUGUGCCAGGUUUGGCCCUGGCGGUCAGCUUAUCAAAGUGAUUCCCAAUCUGCCUUCAGAAGGACAGCCGGCCUUGGUGGAGGUCCACAGCAUAGAGGCCUUGCUGCAGCACACGUCUGAGCAGGAGGAGAUGCGGGCGUUCCCAGGACCCCUGGCCAAAGACGACACCCAUAAAGUGGAUGUCAUUAAUUUUGCACAGAACAAAGCUAUGAAAUGUUUGCAGAAUGAAAACUUAAUUGACAAAGAGUCUGCAAGUCUUCUUUGGAAUUUUAUUGUUCUCUUAUGCAGACAAAAUGGGACCGUGGUAGGGACUGACAUCGCGGAGCUUCUGUUACGAGACCACAGAACAGUGUGGCUUCCUGGGAAGUCACCCAAUGAAGCAAACCUGAUUGAUUUCACGAAUGAGGCAGUGGAGCAGGUGGAAGAGGAGGAGUCUGGCGAGGCCCAGCUCUCUUUCCUCACUGGUGGUCCGACGGCUGCCGCCAGCUCGCUCGAGAAAGAGACCGAGAGGUUCAGGGAACUGCUGCUGUAUGGCCGUAAGAAGGAUGCUUUGGAGUCUGCGAUGAAGAACGGCUUGUGGGGUCACGCUCUGCUACUUGCAAGUAAGAUGGACAGCCGGACACACGCCCGAGUCAUGACCAGGUUUGCCAACAGCCUCCCAAUCAACGACCCUCUGCAGACAGUCUACCAGCUCAUGUCCGGGCGGAUGCCUGCCGCAUCCACGUGCUGUGGAGACGAGAAAUGGGGAGAUUGGAGGCCGCACCUCGCCAUGGUCUUGUCCAACUUGAACAACAACAUGGACGUCGAGUCCAGGACGAUGGCUACCAUGGGCGACACUCUGGCUUCAAAGGGCCUCUUAGAUGCGGCACACUUUUGCUACCUUAUGGCCCAGGUUGGAUUUGGUGUUUAUAAGAAGAAAACUACAAAGCUUGUCUUAAUUGGAUCAAAUCACAGUUUGCCAUUCUUAAAGUUCGCAACCAAUGAAGCAAUCCAGAGGACGGAAGCCUAUGAGUACGCCCAGUCCCUGGGUGCCCAAACCUGCCCCCUGCCUAGUUUCCAGGUGUUUAAGUUCAUCUACUCCUGCCGCCUGGCGGAAAUGGGGCUGGCCACGCAAGCCUUCCACUACUGUGAGGCCAUCGCGAAGAGCAUCCUGACACAGCCACACCUGUACUCCCCGGUGUUGAUCAGCCAGCUUGUGCAGAUGGCUUCCCAGUUACGACUCUUCGAUCCCCAGCUGAAAGAGAAGCCGGAAGAGGAGUCCUUGGCCGCACCCAUGUGGCUGGUUCACCUGCAGCAGGUGGAGCAGCAGAUUAAGGAGGGGGCUGGAGUAUGGCAUCAGGACGGAGCCUUCCCGCAGCAGUGUCCCGGCACGCCGAGCUCCGAGGUGGAGCAGUUGGACGGGCCAGGACUCAGUCAGCCAGUGACCCUGGGGAUCGCCAACCCGCUGCUGGCGGUGCCUGCACCGAGCCCUGAGCACUCGAGCCCGAGCGUGCGGCUGCUGCCCUCAGCUCCGCAGACGCUCCCUGACGGCCCAUUGGCCAGUCCUGCCAGGGUGCCAAUGUUCCCAGUGCCACUGCCCCCGGGGCCGCUGGAGCCGGGUCCUGGCUGUGUGACCCCAGGGCCUGCACUUGGCUUCCCAGAGCCCCCUGGGCCUGGCCUCCCGCCUGGUGUGCCACCUCUGCAGGAAAGGAGACACUUGCUCCAGGAAGCCAGGAGCCCAGACCCAGGGAUAGUGCCGCAGGAGGCGCCUGUUGGAAACUCACUUUCCAAGCUAAGCGAAGAAAAUUUUGAUGGAAAAUUUGCUGAUCUGACCCCCUCGAGGACGGUGCCAGACGCGGAGGCUCCCGCAGGGUGGGAUCGUGCCGACUCAGGUCCCAUGCAGCCACCUCUGUCUCUCUCACCCGCUCCCGAAACAAAGAGACCCGGACACGCAGCCAAGAAAGAAACGAAGGAACCUAAGAAGGGUGAAUCCUGGUUCUUUCGUUGGCUACCUGGAAAGAAAAAGACAGAAGCUUAUUUGCCAGAUGACAAGAACAAAUCGAUUGUUUGGGAUGAAAAGAAAAACCAGUGGGUGAAUUUAAAUGAGCCAGAAGAGGAGAAGAAAGCCCCGCCCCCCCCUCCAACCUCGAUGCCCAAGACUGUGCCAGCUGCCCCGCCUGCUCUCGCAGGGCUUCCUGGAGCCCCCGUGAACGUGUACUCUAGAAGAGCAGCCGGAACCAGAGCUCGCUACGUUGACGUCCUGAAUCCAAGCGGGACCCAGCGGAGCGAGCCGGCUCUUGCUCCUGCAGACUUUGUCGCUCCACUCGCGCCACUCCCAAUUCCUUCUAACUUGUUCGUGCCAAGCCCAGUGAGAACCCAGGGACGUUCUGGACGGAAUGAUGGCCUCCUCACUCUGUCAUCCCCAGAUGCAGAAGAACCACAGCUUCCAGACGGGACUGGCAGGGAAGGGCCUGCAGUAGCUAGGGGCCUGGCCAAUCCAGAGCCUGCCCCAGAGCCCAAGGUUUUAAGCUCUGCAGCGUCACUUCCUGGCUCCGAACUCCCCUCCUCCAGGCCCGAGGGUUCCCAGGGAGGAGAGCUUUCGCGCUGUAGUUCAAUGAGUUCAUUAUCACGUGAAGUGAGCCAGCAUUUUAAUCAGGCUCCUGGCGACCUCCCUGCUGUAGGGGGCCCUCCCAGCGGGGCCGUGCCCUUCUACAACCCUGCUCAGCUGGCACAGGCCUGCGCCACCUCCGGGAGCUCAAGGCUAGGGAGGAUUGGCCAGAGGAAGCAGCUGGUGCUGAACUAGGCUUGCCCUGCUGUGAACCUGCACUUGGAGCCCUGACGCUGCUGUUCUCCCCGAAGAACCCGACCGACCUCUGCGACCUCCGUCCCGCCCCCAGGGAGACACAGCGGUGACUCAGAGCUGGUCGCACGCUGCGCCUCCCCCCUCACUGCCCAUCGUAAUGAAUUAUUUUGAAAAUUAAUUCCACCAUCCUUUCAGAUUCUGGAUGGAAAGACUGAAUCUCUGACUCAGAAUUGUUUGCCGAAAAGAAUGAUGUGACUUUCUUAGUUAUUUAGGAUGAUUUAAGGAUAUAGUAUUCCUGGUCAUUUAAGAAUGUUCAUUCAGUGAAGCUGGAGCUGUCUCUGCCACAGGAGAGCCACAUGGUCGGUAGUAACCAGGGCCUCUCCAAGCCCUCAGUCACUGCCUAGUGAGUCCCACGCUUCCUUUAAGGUGCUGGGAGCAAAGAGAGAGUGACUGAGGCAGACCCCGACCCCUGCUCUGCACCAUCUGGGCCCUCGCCGUGUUUGAACCUGGCUGAAUGAGUGGAGGGCGCUGUGUUCUCAAUCAGCACCUCCGAGGAGCCGCGGGGUUCCUUCGGCAUUAGUUCACAGUUUUUGAGAGAGGCCCUAGUUACUGAAGUGAAUUUCUUUCCUGUCACAAAGACGUUUCCAGCCUCACUUUACUUUCUAUGGCCUGAUGAGGACCAUGGGUGAUUUUGUGCACCCGAAGCACUGGGGACUGCCCACCGCGUGGCCCAGUCACUGGGAAGGAGCCCCAGAAAGCCGGCUGUCUGACAUGAUGGCUCAGGGUGGUCAUCCAGGGUGAAAACUGACCGUGUGAUGUUUGAUUUGGGCUUCGUUUCGUGUGUAGGAGCACGGUUAGACUCAUUGUUAAGGAAGCUGGAUGCACUUCUCUAAAAGGCUGCACUUUCCAUGAGCACUUUCCAUGGUGCAAUCCACGUGACCCACUUUCUCACCUGGGGGACAUUGGUUCAGGGGUUGGUAACAUCUUGGGAGAGUAUCUUAACACAGUUUCUUGACAGCAGCUCUGGAACUUAGUAUUUCUGCCCCGAGUUUUGCCACACUGAGACUUUCUGAGUAGCUCCUGGUGGACUCAGCCCUGUUGAACCCAGAGACGGGCCUCCUCUCACUGAUGCAAAGCUUUAAGGCUUCUCUGACUGUUCUGAAAACUCUUCGUAUUCUUGUCAAGUCUAAAGAGACUGAAGAAAAGAUUUAAAUACUAAUACAAAUCAGUAGAUAAUUUCUGUAGGUUCUGCUGGAGGAAUAUAAACUGGUGUUUUAAAUUUAAGUGUAGAAAUUGUAGAAUGUGGAGUUAGCACAGGCCCUUCCUGGCUUUUUCUGUUUCACUUGAUCAUUUAGCCCAGACCACCCAGGAUGUUUUCCAAAAUGUUUCACAGGCGUGUCCCGCUGGAUCCAUUUGUCCUUGUCACUUGGAGAAAGGCCAGUCCCUGUGACGGGGCAGCCCUCUCUGUCCCUUGGUCAGCCCGUGUGAUUCCUGGGACCUCUUCGUGUCGGCCCUGCCCGCUGUUCUGGGGUCGACUGCCACGACUUUCAAGAAGCUUCCUCCAGGCGGGAGCGGCUAUUUUUCCUAAAUGAGAAUUGUUACAUUGCAAAUUGUUGAAUAAAAUAUUUUGCGCUCCUUCAA